AUGCAAACACCUGUAAUGCAUGAUAAUAAUUUGAAAUUCCUUUCAAAAAAAUGGCCAAUUCGUUCAAUUUUCAAUUGUCUCAUUAAUCGUUUAUCACUGUCGGUAUUGAUCAAUACAACAACAUUGAAAAAUGUUCAUUCAACAGCACAAAACCAAUCAAUACUAUCCCAUCCUAAUCAUGCUGAAUCGUUUCAUUCAUUUGAUUGUGCCAAACGUUUAUGUCUAUUGAAUUUAUGCCGACUAAUUAUUAACUUAGAUGUGAAUAUGUAUUUGUCAGCUGCGGAACGUGUAUUUUACACAAUAUCUGAUCAACACGACAAUGAUGACGAUCUCGAUCGCGAGCAUGAUCAUAAUCAUCAUGUCGACCGUCGACAGUAUAAUGAGUCAGCAUCUUCAUUGUCACUCGCUGCGUCCACAUCACAAUUAUCAAUGUCAAAAUUGACUAAUGAUUGGAUAUUUUGGCAUGAAAUAACACGGAAAAGUUUAAAUUAUCCGGAACGUUUACGAGUUUGGGAAUAUUCAAUAUUGAAUUCGAAUGAAGUGAUAAAAAAUAAGGGUAAUAAUAAUAAUAAUAAUAUUAAGGACAAACAUGAACGUAAGUUUUAUUUUCUUCUUGUUUUUACCAAUUUUUAG